CUUUAGGGCAGGUCGCCAAUUGUCCCCGAAACCACGGACACCAUUGUCCUCAUCGACCUUGACACAACAAUAAGAAUGCCAGACAAGGUCGUGAAGACACCCUACCCCGUCAUCGAUGCAGACCCGCAUUUCUCUCGCGUAGUUCGCUACUUCCGCCCUGCAGAUUAUGCAACUUGGGCUGCUGGAACGGCCGCGUUUCCGGCACUGUUGUAUUUCUGGAACAUGGCCGACCCAAUCCCUCGUGUCCGCCAUCGGACUGCUCUCCGUCUGGGUGGUCUCCUUGGCUUUGCCGGGGGCUUCCUCAUGGCUUACCAGAAUUCAAGUCUGCGCUUCUGGGGUUGGACGGAAAACAAACGUGAGGAGGAAAUGGACCUCGCCGAGCUGAGGCAGCGCAUCGCCGAGGGAAAGCCAUUGUAUCCAGACUCGACUCAGCCUGGGUGGAUACAAGACGUGGCUUAUCGCAACUCCGUCUGGUCUCAGCUCAAGUUCCAGGCCUUCCCCAUGUUCAACUUUGUCAACCAUCAACACCACGGAACUGACCCCGCAAAAUACGGAGUCAAGGACAAAGAGACUUUGGAAUAAUUGCCAGAUCACGAUGUUACAAUCCAUCAUUAACUUGACUUGACGGCAUUUGCCUGCUUCAUCGAGGUACAUUGCAAGAGUAGAUACCGCCGACCAAUUAUUCGACGGCCAUCAACGCGACGAUUGAUGCCUUCGAAUCACCUACUCAAUAAUUCCGUAGCAAGAAUUUGCCCACAA